CUCUCACCGGUGUAACAGACGUGCUACAAAGAGCAGGCGGUGUCGUGAUGCCGAGCAGAUUGUGGACACAAGUUGACAAACAAAAUUCCGUGAACAGCGAUUCAAAGAACGAGAAGAGUUGUCACAGUUUCAUCUCUCCCUCAUCAGAGUGGUGCCUCAGUUAUUGACCCUCCCUUCUCUCCCUCCCUCACUUCUUAGUGCCUGUGUUGUCCAGGCGAGCACACAGUCAGCUUCAACUUCACAGCGAGAGCAGAGCAUAACAGGUUUCUAGAGGACCAGCAGAGUCCCACGCCCCCUACGGAAUUACUGGAGAUCAGAGCAGCGUGACUGUCCUUUUAUGUCUGACCAAGGAAGACGCAUCAAGACAGAUCUUGUGCCAUGAGGAGAUCACUCUGUUUGUCCAGCCAAGUCUUUCACCACCUGUAGACAUGGGAUUUUGUGAGAGCGCGGGGGGUUGGAGGUGGCAGGGCAGCGGCGGAGCGCUCAGGGCCGUGGUGGGAGUGUUGCUGCUGCGGCUCAGCCUGGCCCAGUCCGUCCCUCCACAGACUGUCUGUCCCGCAGCAGCGUCUCCACAGAGCCUCACCGAGCCCCAAUACCAGCACACAGCGGAGGAGGACGCCAGUGUGGGCUUCAUGGAAGCUCUGGUCCAGUCCUUCCUCCACACAGUCCAGCCUAACCCUUUUCCUAAAGAUCUAAUCCUGAAAAUAGUCCAGGAUUUUAAUGUGCAGUUAAAUCAAGAAAUCAUCAAAGAAGCCCUGCUGUAUGAAGUGGGGUUCCUGGUGUGUGCAGCCAUUGGCGUCCUGUACAUCGUUCUUAUGCCCAUAGUUGGUUUCUUCUUGGCGUGCUGUCGCUGCUGUGGCAACUGUGGUGGGAAGAUGUACCAGAAACAGACGUCCUCCGUUCACUGUCGCAGAAGAACUCUCUACUGGACUGCAUUCGUCACCACAGUCAUUCUCCUGGCUGGGAACAUAUGCAUGUUCAAAAGUAACGAAGCCGUCAAAGUGAGUGUGGACCAGAGUCAAGUGGAGCUCAACAAAAGUAUAGACAACAUCCAGUCCUUCCUCACUGCUGUGCCUCAGCAGGUCGACCAUGUGGUGAAUGAGAGCUACAGAACCGUACAGGAGGUGACCAGAAACCUAGACGCUAUUGGACCUCAGUUGGGAAGAGAGAUCCAGGAGCGAUUCAGAGGAACCCUGGACCCAGCGCUGCACUCGAUUAGACUGCUGGAGCAAGAGACUGUAAACAUCAGUCUUCAAAUGAACCAUCUGAACUCAUCUUUGACCCAGUUGCAGUCCAGCAUGGACGGCCUCCAGGCCAACUUCACUGCAGUUAAAAAUCAAAUCAAUAACACUGUAUCCAACCCAAACUGCACUGGCUGUAACAACCUGCAGCCUGAGCUACAGAAACUAACACUCGACACCUCCAUCACUAUUCCCAGCUUGAACCAAUUCCAGUCUGCAGUGGAUGAAAUCAACAAAAGUGAUCUCAAAUCCAAAAUCAAGGAGGCGGAGGACUAUUUCGACAGCAUCCCCCAGAGGGUGACCAAUGACACCAAGGAUGUAGUUCAAAGCAGCAAGCAGCAGUUCGGUAACAUAACAACACAGAUCUCUCAGGUUACCAAUGACAUCCCUUUAUCUGCUCUGACCAAUGUGUCGGAGACUCUGAACCAGCUGCAGAGAGAUAUCGACAGAGUCACACCAGAGUUCAAGAGAGCCGAGCAUAUUAGAUGGGGAGUGUGUGUGGCCCUGUGCUGCGUGGUCCUCCUGGUGGUGGUGUGCAACUUCCUGGGUCUGGUCCUGGGCCCUCUGGGUCUGACACCCAAAGCAAACCCCACGGAGCGCUCCUGCGUGGCGGAUUGUGGAGGCACCUUCCUCAUGAUGGGUGCAGUUUUCAGCUUUCUCUUCUCAUGGCUGUUCAUGAUUGCUGUGCUGCUGCUGUUCCUGCUGGGCGGAAACGUUUACACUCUGCUCUGUCAGCCCUGGAUCGACGGACAACUGUUAAAGCUCAUUGAUACUCCAGGUUUAAUUCCAGGGUUGGAUAUAGGUCCAACUUUGGGAUUGAAAACCAACAUCAGUAUCUCUGCUAUCUAUAGAGACUGUGAGAAAGACCAGCCUCUGUGGACAACACUCCACCUGUAUGAGCUCAUAAACCUCAAAGACCUGCUCGAUGUAACUAAACACACAGAGGAGAUCCGACAGCGCUUUGAGAAUACAAACAUCACUCUGUCCACCAUCGCUCUCCUGAGCCCUGAAGUUAUAAACCAGCUCAGACGCUUCUCCAACAAUGCUGCAAAUAUUGACUCCACUGCUGUCACGCAGCAGAUGAACAACAUUUCCAGCAUCAAUCUGAAUACAACAGCAGAUCGACUUGAUGAGCUCGCCGCCUUUCAAAGAAACAAUGAUACUCGUGAAGAGCUCCAGAAUGAGGCCAGGAACUUGAGGCAGAUCCAGACCGAUAUAGAAACAAUCAUCAUCCCGCAACUUAAUAACCUGAACUCAACCAUCAAGAGCCUUGAAUCCACUGCAAAAAAAAUCAAUGGAACAGUGGAGGAGGUGCUGAGCAAUGUGGGAGCAGCACAAGACUUCCUCGACGCAAAUACGACACAGAUUGUCAAGACCGAGAGCAGGAAGUUUCUGGACUGUCAGCUGGGUUACUUCAUUAAUUAUGCUGACUGGGCCAAUUUUACAAUCACACAGCAGGUGGGCCGCUGUGGGCCGGUGGCGAGAGCUGUGGACUCUGUUGAGAUUAUCCUCUGCUCAUACAUAGUGGAGUCUCUGAACGCGUUCUGGUUCAGUCUGGGCUGGUGCAUGAUCUUCUUCAUCCCCAGCAUCAUCCUUUCUAUCAAACUAGCCAAGUACUACAGAAGAAUGAAGUCUUCUGAUGUUUACGAUGACCAGUUAAAUAUGAGUCGCAUCCCGCGGGCCCAGAUGAAACUCUCCUGAGAGGACGGCCUAUAUGUGGGUUACAGCUUUAAAUGACUGUGGCAUCGCUUGACUAAAUGGAGACACAUGGUGCACUCCUGCACAGAUGUGGCACAUUGUCACUCCGGUGAAAAGUUGCAAACAAAAGAAAAAAAAAGAUUCUGUUUUUAACCACUAUUUUUUACCAGAAGCAAAGCGACUGCAGUAGUCAUACAUACUGUACAUGUCAAUCUUUGAAUUGACCUCAGGGUGACAGGGUAUAAGGGAAUCGGUAGGGAAUUUUUCAUAAUUUUAAAUAAACAUCUCAGACUUAUUAUAUGACAUUAAUGUUUUGUACGUAUUUAGUACAUGGACUGAGCUGCUGCUGGAUUCUGAGAACAUAGGCUGUAUAUUUCAAACUGUAAAGCAUAUUUUUGUGAGUUCAUCACAGUUACACAUUUAUAUACAGUGAUGUUUGUGUGCAGUGCUCUCGGAGAAUGCAGCAGUGUGUUACUGUGCCAACAGGCUUUUUAUAAUGUCCCAGCCUCUUUCUCUUCCAGUGGGAAACACUUUUUCAUUAAAUUGAUCAUCACAUUUGCACUAAUAUUGGAAAUCUAAGCACAUAUUUUUGUAUGAAUCAUGAAAUGAAUACACUUUUUGUGUGACUGGUAGAACUGAUAUAUACGGCUGCAAAUAUGUUUUUGUACAUAUUGAUUUUUGUACUUUGUACUGCUUUGUCCUCAGUUUUAGAUUGUGUUUUAUAUUUCCGUUACUCAGCACUUUAUAUGGUGAAUUUAGUCAAUGUGAUUCAGGUGUUGUGAAAACCACUGUAAGUAAAUUACCACUGAUCAACAAA